GGGUUCCCGAAUUUCCAAGGAUGAGAGGCAUAGGAGGUACCCUUCCUUCCUGGGAGGCCCCUCCUCUUCUGCAUGCCAGUCGCCCCAGAAGAGACCUGAGAAGUUGAGGGAAAGCAUUUCUGCACUGGUGCUGGGGCUACUACUGGUUCACCUCCAGGCCAUGGCAGGCCCCAUGACCACUGCAGCUGGCCUCCUGCUCCUGGCCCUUUUUGUUCACUGCAUCAUGCUCACAGACUCCGUGGUCAUCCCCUCUUCCUGUUGUAUAACCUUUGUUCCCAAGAAAAUUCCCAAGGGCCAGGUGGUGAGCUACCAGUUGUCCACCAGGGGCGUCUGUCCUAAGGCGGGGGUGAUCUUCACCACCAGGAGAAGCCAGAAGUUCUGUGGCGACCCCAAGCAGCUGUGGGUGCAGAGGUACAUGAGGAAUUUGGAUGCCAAGCAAAAGUGGCCCUCUCCGCGGGUCCGGGCCAUGGGUGGCAAGGUCCCCGUGCAGAGACGCCACGGAAACAGCACCACCCUCUAGUCGCUGCCUGCCCUCUUGCCCCUCACAUGGCUCCUUGGGGCCAGAGGAGUCAGAGGGAAGGGGCAAGAACUGAUUUUCCUGCAGUGAGUCUCACUCCCAGGGGACAUGUCCAGUCUGUGAAAUCCUGGAGGGAAUAGGCUGUCCCCUGGGGGAGAGAGGGCAGAGCCCAAGUACAGGGCCUGAACACCCCGUGCCUGUAGCACGUCUUGUCUGCACUGCAGCUGGCUCCGAUGGCCCCUGGUGUUGCUCUGCAGUGGGCCUGAGGCCAUCUGUCCAUCCUUUGGGGAUGCAGUCCUGUCCACAGCAGCAGCUCCCCGGCACAGUGUGGAUGCCCCAGGCUGCUCCUACCUCUAGCACUUCAAGUCAACAUAAACCCAACCAAAUCAGGGGACAUCUCUGUAGCCAGAUUCUGACCCUCCUUGGAUGCCUCCCAAAUUUUCAGGAACUUUUGUAAAGAAAAGGACAUAGAGGACCAGCGUCUCACUAGCUAGUUCAGGCUGGCCUUGAAGUCGCCAGCCUGUGAAGAUGGGACUUCAAGGAGAAUUCUGCUUGGUGACAGGCUUGCUCCUGGCUUCUUUGAGGACAAAGACCUGUUCUGCCUUUACUACUAGGCUUUCCCCACAUUGUCAUGAAAGGAAGAUGGGGUGAGAGCUGAGGGAGGAGAAAGACUUCAGCUUUUUUUUCUGUGCAUGAGAUACAGUGGGAUUUGUUUGUCAAGAGAGCAGACACAGUCACUGUUGUCAAAUAAGAACCCUAGUAAAAUCUGAUGUCUUCUUUGAA